UGCGUGAGAUCGCGGUAUACUAUCGCGGUAUUCUAGAGUACAGGGAUUGUAGUCCUGUCGUGAUCCUGGGCCUUUGCUGUUUCCCAUUUGGGAACUACAAGUCCCACUUCCGCACAAACGCUAUCGUCCAUCCAGUGGGUGUUGGUGUUGUUGCAAUGGUGGCGUCGGUGGGACAUUGAAUGACUUUGGCUCCAUCACGAAAUUAGCUCGGUUUAUUAAUUUUAUUCGCAAACGGCGAGUAUGGAGGCUCUGAUCCCCGUCAUAAACAAGCUCCAAGAUGUUUUCAACACAGUGGGAGCGGAUAUCAUACAGCUGCCGCAGAUAGCAGUAGUGGGGACUCAGAGCAGUGGUAAGAGCUCCGUGCUGGAGAGCUUGGUGGGCAGGGACCUGCUGCCCCGUGGGACUGGUAUCGUAACCAGGCGACCUCUCAUCCUGCAACUGGUCCAUGUAGAUCCUGGAGAUGCAAGGAAGAAUGAUGACACUGGCAGACAAGGUGAAGAGUGGGGCAAGUUUCUGCACACAAAAAAUCAGAUCUUCUCAGAUUUCGAAGAAAUCAGACAAGAAAUUGAAAAUGAAACGGAGAGAAUAUCUGGGAACAAUAAGGGGAUCAGCGAUGAUCCCAUUCAUCUGAAGAUAUUUUCUCCUCACGUUGUCAACCUCACGCUGGUGGACCUGCCUGGAAUCACUAAGGUGCCUGUGGGUGAUCAGCCUAACGACAUUGAGAUUCAGAUAAAGGAUCUAAUCCUGAAGCACAUCUCCAACCCUAACUGCAUCAUCCUGGCUGUCACCGCGGCUAACACAGACAUGGCCACCUCGGAGGCCCUCAAGUUGGCCCGGGAGGUCGACCCCGACGGCAGGAGGACUCUGGCCGUGGUGACCAAGCUGGACCUGAUGGACGCCGGCACUGACGCUAUGGACGUUCUGAUGGGCCGAGUCAUUCCUGUCAAACUGGGUCUCAUCGGAGUCGUCAACAGGAGCCAGCUGGACAUCAACAAUAAGAAGUCUGUGGCCGACGCCAUCCGAGACGAACACGGUUUCCUGCAGAAGAAAUAUCCAUCUCUCGCCACCAGAAACGGAACUAAAUACCUGGCCAGAACCCUGAACAGGUUACUGAUGCAUCACAUCCGAGACUGCCUCCCCGAGCUGAAGACACGGAUCAACGUCCUGGCAGCCCAGUACCAGUCCCUGCUCAGCAGCUACGGCGAACCCGUGGAAGACCAAAGUGCCACCUUGCUCCAGCUGAUCACCAAGUUUGCCACAGAAUACUGCAACACCAUCGAGGGCACGGCCAAAUACAUCGAGACGGCAGAGCUGUGCGGAGGAGCCAGAAUUUGUUACAUAUUCCACGAGACUUUUGGCAGAACGUUGGAGUCUGUGGAUCCUCUGGGAGGACUCAGCACCAUAGACAUCCUAACAGCCAUAAGGAACGCAACAGGCCCGCGUCCGUCCCUGUUUGUGCCCGAGGUUUCCUUCGAGCUGUUGGUGAAGAAGCAGGUGAAACGCCUGGAGGAGCCCAGUUUGCGUUGCGUGGAACUGGUCCACGAGGAGAUGCAGAGGAUCAUCCAGCACUGCAGCAACUACAGCACACAGGAGCUGCAGAGAUUUCCUAAGCUGCAUGAGGCAAUUGUGGAAGUCGUCACCUCCCUCCUGAGGAAGAGGCUGCCCAUCACCAACGAGAUGGUGCAUAACUUGGUUGCAAUAGAGCUGGCCUACAUCAACACCAAACACCCAGACUUUGCAGAUGCCUGUGGGGUCAUGAAUAACAAUAUAGAGGAGCAAAGGAGAAACCGGAUGAGAGAGCUGCCUGCUGCGGUGCCCAGGGACAAGUCUGUUGGCAAAGGCCCGGCUGGCCCAACUGGGGUUUCUGGCGAGCCUUCUGCGUCUGGAGCAGACAUGGACGGUGCCAAGGCCCCCGCUGCAGGGCCCCAGGGUGAGCAGGACGGCACGGGGAACUGGAGGGGGAUGCUGAAGAAAGGAGAGGAAGCCCCCGGCUCUGGACCUGGAAGCCCCCUUAAAGGAGUGGUCAAUCUGCUCGAUGUGCCUGUACCGGUGGCCAGGAAGCUGUCGUCACGUGAGCAGAGGGACUGUGAGGUCAUCGAGCGCCUCAUCAAGUCCUACUUCCUCAUCGUUCGCAAGAAUAUCCAGGACAGUGUGCCGAAGGCAGUGAUGCACUUCCUGGUCAACCAUGUGAAGGACAGCCUCCAGAGCGAGCUUGUUGGCCAGCUGUAUAAAUCUGGCCUCCUCAACGAUCUGCUGACUGAGUCAGAGGAUAUGGCCCAGCGGCGCAAGGAGGCCGCCGACAUGCUACAGGCGUUGCAGAAAGCCAGCCAGGUGAUCGCUGAGAUCAGGGAAACGCAUCUGUGGUGAAAAAAAUCAAUGAAAGGAGCCGAAGCUGAUCUGUUAUCUCCUCAUCAUGCCUGAAGGACCGACGCUCCAUGCACUCAUCAUGUCUAAACAUGACGUUUGGAUUUGCAACCAUGAAAAUGCACUGUUCUGAUCCCUGCUCUGUAGAAGUAGGUAAGAGAAAUGUAAGUUAAUUGUUUUGUGUUGUUUAGAGUUUAUGAAAACGCACUGCUAAUGUUCAAGAUAAGAUUUUAGAAGCGGCAGUUGCCUCCCACGGCUCCUGGAGGAAUGGAGAGUGCAGCCAAAGGCAAAGUACUUUUCAUGUUUGACAGACUGUGGUUAACCAGUAUGGAAAUGGACUUUUGUGUGAAGUGGAAAUGAAAAUUUUGAUGCCAUUUUGGCAGCUCCAUAAAGCAUUGUUCUAAUGUUUGGGCUCUCGGUUAUAAAUGCUGAAAACUUUAUUCAUCUCAUCUGUAACCGGGUCAUUUAGGAGUAGCUGUCAUGUGUCAGAAAACAUGGAACCUCAGAAGUCAUUGUGUAACAAUACAGCAGGGAUUGGUUCACUAAAUUUAAAUCCGAGGUGCUCCUGAAUUGAUCAUGUUGGUCCUCUUACCUGUGUACAUACUGUCACUUUUUUGCACUGUUGUCACAGCACUGUACUGUAUAGAAAGUCCAUUAUCCUGACACUAUAAUGCCACCAGAAUCUUUAUUUAUUAAUGUGUAAUUUAAAUGUGUGAAUUGUUUAAUUUUGUUUACAUAUCGCUGCCUACAUGUGAAAUAUAUGGUGCACUGUGUUUCUUUGUGUAUGGUUCCCUGAAGAAGAAUAAAUAGAGGUAUUUUAUUGCCAGUUGAA